AUGGGGAUACUGCGCGAGCCGCCGAAUUCCCAAAUAAGUCCAGUUGUGCAAAUCAGAGAGCAUUUAAACAGUCAAGUGUACCCGGCGAUGUCUGAAAGUGCUGUUCCGAGCGCAUACCUGCGCCGCGCACCCGGUCCCGGAUAUUCGGAUGCCGGAUACGUGUUGCAGGCGCAAGCGCAAGCGCAGGGCAGAUGGCCUCUCCCCAGCGUGUACGGCCCGCAGCCCGCCAGCGCAUACAUGGGCGCACCUGGCGCUGCCGCCGCAGUCCCGCUACCGCGCAUGGCGGACGGAGCGCCCGGCACUUCGGCGCAUCCUAUCCACGCUUUGCCUGGCAUCCAGAGCUUGCCAGCGACGCCGCCGCGCGCACCUUCUUACAUAAUCGGGCAGCCACAGGGUGGCUACCCGGGAAUGGCCGGCGCAUAUGCGCCGCAGGACUACGCCGUCCGGGGUGCGCAGAUGUUCCCAGUCGUGCGCCCAAAGAAGCGCAAGAGAAAGAAAUACAACGAGGUGGAGAGAUUUUACAAGUGCAAUUACAAGAAUUGCACCAAGGCCUACGGCACACUUAAUCACCUCAAUUGCCACAUUAUGUUGCAGAAACACGGCAAGAAGAGACUGCCAUCCGAGUUCAAAGAGCUGAGGGAGCGCUUGAAGAAGCGCCGGCGCAUGCAGCGCGAGAAGGCGCGCCUGGAAAAGGAAAAGGAUGAGCGCCUGAGGUUGGAAGAGGAGGAGAAGCGCGAGGAGGUGCGCGUCAAGUAUGCGCGCAUACCCGGUGCAAGCCCUCUAUCCCAACCAAUGGGAAAGCGGCCGCUCCAGAGGGGCGCGCUUCCUCCUCCAUCGGCGCUAGCGCAGUCUCCAACCAUUCCUGGAUAUGCGCUACCCGCAUCGCGCCAGCCGCUUGUGCGUGCAAUACCCCCACUUCAGUCCUACAGACCUCCUCUUCUCGAUGCAUCCAGAUCUUAUCCAUCCGCUGCCGCAUCCCAGUACUACUCUAUGUACCCAGGGCAGGCGUUGGCACAGCCGGGUGCGCAGUUCCAGGCGCAGAGAGCGCCAUUUCCCGCAGGCUUGCCACCUUUGAGACUGAGCCGCUCCCCAAGGCCGCAGCGCACCCGCCAACUUGGCCUGGCGCCGGUUGCAAACAUGUCGCUAGACGAGUCCCAAAGUCGCCAGCCAGUUUUGGCAAACAGAAUAAAUUACAAUGCAGAUCGUCAAGGCAGUGCUGCGGUUGCAGGUGAUGCUUCAGCAAUGGGCGCAAAGCGGCAAAUACACUAA